UGGCUUGGGUGUCGGCAUAAGUGUGAAAUAUGUUUACGCUUGUGCUGUCCCAACGCUUACUCGAUCAUCAGAUCUGUCGACAUUUCAUCUGGGGUUGGAUUUUAUUUCUGUGAUUCUUCGUUCUAUUUGAUUUCUUUUUUGGAUUUCUUUUUUGGAGGUAUUUUUGGACAAUGGCAGAGCCGGUGUCUCCCGUGUUUCAGUUUGCAGCAAUCUCGGGGCCCCCGCCAGACGCCGAGCCUAUCCUGACUCCGGCUGAGCAGCGCUCUUCGGCAGCUCCCAAGCCUCCCCAGAUUCUCGAUGUUCGCCCUUCACCUUUAUUUCCUCUCUCCUUGGCCAAUGCUUCCGUUGAGCUGUGUCCUGACGACGGGAAGAUUUUUGUUUUUGGAGGCUUCGAUGUCAUGGAUACACAAGAGCUAUUCAACGAGGUGAUUAUUAUAGAUGUGGAGACCUUGGAGUCAUCACAUGUUACCGAACCGGCAGGUGAGGUUCCGUCCCGCCGUCAUGGCCAUACAGCUACUUACUGGAAAGACGGGAAACUUAUUGUUUUUGGCGGGGAAGACGAGAGCGGACGUCUUCUCAACGAUCUAUAUGUCUACGAUCUACGCAGCAGUUCAUGGACACAACCGGUCACCUAUGGAAAUCCUCCGUACCAGCGUAGCCGUCACGCAGCUUGCCUUUCAGAGUGUCGUACUCGUCUAUACUUCUCCGGUGGCUCACGGCAUGGCUCAGUGCUCGGAGAUAUCUUCUGCCUUGAUCUCACUACAAUGACAUGGAGUGACUCGCGCUCUUUCGUUCCUCGUUACGACCAUACUGCAACAGUGUUUUGCGGUAAACUGUGGAUCUUUGGUGGCUUGACGCAGGAUAUGGAUCGGCCUUCUGACAUCGUAUGGUUUGACCUGAACUCUGCCGCUAUUGCCUCGCUGGUAUUCCCGGCCACCGAGGUCUCUGCUGACUCCUCACCCGCUAUGGCUGGUCCGCAUAUCCGUCGGAGUACACCUAAUCCCGAGAAGCGCGUUGGUACACAUUUUUAUGCGUUCCUUGGCUCUGUCGUGGUAGAUUUUACUACAGCAGGUCCGGCCGCGAUCACAAACACAGGUACUUCGAUCUCCUGUUUUGAUAUGGCAGAAAUGCGCUGGCGUACGCUUGCCGACUCCUCGAUUGACCUGCUUGCGGGUGCGAACUGGUCAUAUGUUGCUUUCUCAGGGACAACAGCCUACCUACUUGGAUGCAAAAAUGGCACCGACAACUCUAAUAUGAUACAACAUAUUCUCCCCAUUGAUUUGAAAUACUUUGGUGUUUCAUCCAAACCUUCGAUUCGGUCUUUCGAAAAUGUUUUGGUGAUCAAUGAUUCGAAAGGAAAUUUAGCUCUUCCUCCAAAUUCGCUGAAUGCGGAUAUGGCUGCCCUUUUGGCCGAUCAGCAGUCUGCAGACUUCAAGAUAACGGCCAUUCAAGAUAAAGCUAUUACCUCCAAUGGCGACAAUACGUUAUCCGAUUCAAUACUUGUGCAUUCAGUGAUUCUUGCUUCGCGUUGGCCUCAUUUUAAGCGACUUCUGAAUUCCCGGAUGAGCGAGUAUCAUCUCAAACGCAUGCAUAUACCGGAACGGUUCUCCAAUGUUUAUGCACUUAUAUACUAUCUCUACACCGAUACCUUACCACCUGAGACAAGCAUCAAUACAGUUGCCGGAGUUCUUGUCUUGAGCAAUCUAUAUUCGUUGCCAAGGCUUCGAGAUCUUUGUUUUGGCCGGAUACAGGAUAACUUCACGAUCGAUAGCGCAGCAUUCAUUUGGGAAUGUGCACGAACAGCUCGCGAAGAUGUGUUGAGAACAUCUGCGGCUAGAUUUUGUAUGCGACACUGGGGACGAGUGGUGCGAUCCCCUUCUUUCAAGGAGCUGUCAAAGCAGUUCAUGAUUGAGCUUUGUGAGGAGAUCGAUCUAGAAAGUCAGGUUGUGACUCCUCGCUGGAAAGGGGCCGCAAACGAACGAAAUGGAUUCGUUUUCAAGGGGCGGGAGUCGAUCUCUCGCUCGAGUAGUCAGCCGAACAUUUAUGAUGGUGCAUUUGACGAGGAUGAUGAAGAGGAAGACACCGUCAUGGCGUAGUGGGCUCCAGCGGGUCAACUACAUGCUCAAUUGUGGGACAGAGUGCACCGAAAGUCGAAUAUUUGGUGCGAAUUUACGCAAAAUAAGUGUCUGGCACUAUCAUGGAAUUUAGAGCAGCCAUUUGUAAGAUUAUCUCGUUUUCCUCAAAUAAUACUUAUAGAACUGAUAUUUUAUUGUCUCAUAAUCCCUGUUGUAAACUAUCGUAGUAAAAUAGUCGUAGGUUUUCCGGCUUUGCUUCUCAAGUGACCGUUCCGACAGACGCUAUAUCAUUCAUUUCUCUCAAACAACUCAUCAGCUGAAAUAGGCCGAUUUGUGCAGUGCUAUGUAUAUAAAAAAGACAAAAAAACAAAUAGAAGCUGGCAAAAAAAUUGCAAAAAAUAAUGAUCCAACCGCGAAUCGAACGCGGAACCUCCUCGGAUUUCUGCUCACUAAUGUGAACGAGACGUGAUAAACCG